GUUCGGUCGCAGUACGGUGUUUGACGCGCAGUCGAAGGAAGCCAGUCGAAGCAAACACAAGAUGCCAAUGUUGGGUAGACAAUGAAUUGCGCGACGUUCGCCAGUAAAACAAUAUAAUGUGAAUAGUGACAAAUCGGCGUGAUAUGGUGUAUAAUCGAACUAUAAUCGAAAUAGCAUACGCACGCGGUAAUGUGAGCAAAAAGUAAAAAGGCUAAGAAAAAAGUGCAGUGACUCUACAUUUGAUUGGCGGUGCACGCAGAGCGGCCCUUCGUGUACAUACAUAUCUGUGUCUUGCAAUCGCGUGCAUAUCGAAUGGUUACUCGUGCUCCUUUUUCUGUUAUGAUAAACUGACACGAUCUUCAUCGCAAACUGAGAAAGACAAAUUCAGAGAAAAUGGAUCAUCAGCAAACGGGUCGGAAGCAAACGAUGAACUCGUCAGAAGUGGCGAAAGCCAACGAAGAGUUCGAUCUGUUUUGCAAUGCAACCACUCUGAAGUCCAUUCUUGGACACUUCAGACACCUCUGUGAGCUGCUUAAGAUAAGGCCAAACACGAUCAGUCAAUUCUAUCCAAAAUUGAAAGCAAAGUUGCGAUCAUGGAAGGCCCAGGCCCUCUGGAAGAAGUUUGAUCAGAGAGCCAAUCACAAAUGUUAUAACCGUGGCAAAGCAUGUCCGAACUCAAGGGUACUAAUCAUUGGUGGUGGUCCCUGCGGACUUCGUUCAGCAAUAGAGGCGCAGUUGUUGGGUGCCAAAGUUGUCGUUGUUGAAAAAAGAGAUCGAAUGUCCAGAAACAACGUCCUUCACCUUUGGCCCUUUGUCAUCCAAGAUCUUCGUGGUCUAGGAGCGAAGAAAUUCUUUGGGAAAUUCUGCGCUGGUUCUAUCGAUCAUAUCAGCAUUCGUCAGCUUCAGUGUAUCUUGCUAAAAGUUGCUUUAAUCCUCGGUGUUGAGUUCCACGAAAGCGUUAGCUUCGAUUCAUUGAUACCGCCACCGGAGAACCAGGAAGAGGGCAAAAUUGGUUGGAGGGCAAAAACCACCCCUGCCGAUCAUCCAGUUUCUCAAUACGAGUUCGAUGUUCUAAUCGGCGCUGAUGGCAAAAGGAAUACGUUGGAGGGCUUCAAACGUAAAGAAUUUCGGGGUAAAUUAGCUAUUGCAAUAACAGCAAACUUCAUAAACAAACGUACUGAGGCGGAAGCACGGGUAGAAGAAAUCAGUGGGGUAGCCUUUAUCUUCAACCAGAAAUUUUUUAAGGAAUUAUAUCAGGAGACGGGGAUAGAUCUGGAGAAUAUUGUAUAUUAUAAAGAUGACACUCAUUAUUUUGUCAUGACUGCUAAAAAGCAUAGUCUUAUAGACAAGGGAGUAAUCCUACAAGACCAUGCAGAUACGGCGAAAUUGCUCGCGAAAGAGAACGUGGAUCGUGAAGCAUUGAUGCUUUACGCCCGGGAGGCUGCUGAAUUCUCCACCGAAUACCAAAUGAUAGGUAUGGAAUUCGCAGUGAACCAUUAUGGUCAGCCAGACGUGGCGAUGUUCGACUUUACGUCUAUGUAUGCGGCGGAGAAUGCUAGCCGAGUUUUGGAGCGCCGUGGUCAUAGAUUACUUAUGAUCCUCGUCGGUGAUAGUCUGCUCGAACCAUUCUGGCCAACGGGAUCCGGUUGUGCGAGAGGAUUUUUAAGCUCUUUAGACGCUUGUUGGACAAUUAAAGGAUGGGGCGCAAAUGUAUCACCACUGGAAGUAAUUGCUGAACGUGAGUCCAUAUACAGGUUACUUGGACAAACUACGCCUGAAAAUUUAAACAGAGAUUACGCUGCUUAUACAUUGGACCCGCAUACUAGAUACCCGAACUUGAAUGCCUCUUCUGUAACACCAAUACAAGUGCGAAGUCUACUUGAUACAGAUGAUCCAGAUAGCAUUAAACAGCCUGCUAUACAGUCUGAUAUUGAUAUUCCCAAAAAACGGCGUCGUCGUGAUCUACGUGGAGAUUCACAAGUACACCCAGACAUGUUGCUUCGCUGGCUGCAAAAACAAGUUGCUCUGUACGACUCGGUCCAAAUAAAAGAUAUGGGUGUCUCAUUCAAAAAUGGUCUGGCUAUUUGUGCAAUAAUUCACAGAUAUCGUCCAAACCUAAUAGACUUUCACAAUUUGAACCCAGACGAUGCGAUUACAAAUAAUCAGUUAGCUUUCGAUAUCUUAGAAAAAGAACUGAGCAUACCUCCAAUAAUGACUGGGGAGGAAAUGGCUCAAUGCGACGUUCCCGAUAAACUUGCCAUGUUUUCUUAUCUCACACAGAUAUACGAGGUUUUCCGUGGUGAAAUCCCGUACAUUAAACAUCCAAAAUUAGAACCUGAAAACGAAGAAAGGCCCGCACAUAGUAAGCAAUUGAGUCAAUUAACACCUGACCGUAUCGUCAGACAAGAUAGUGCGACAAGAACGAGACACUCACGAUCGCGACAUAACGAAAAUUUAAAUCCCGCGGAUAAGAAGGGGGACACGAUUAGCCGACGUUCUCGAAAGAGACGAAGCACUGAGAAGAUGGGUGCGACAGUGGAGGAAAGGCAGAAGAGACUUGCAGAAAUAGAGAAAAAUCGCGCAGAGCGUAUGAGAAGGCGACAAUAUUUACGAAACAUGGCGACACAGCAAUUCUACAAAAGUAUGCAGAUGCUGCAAGCAAACGCAAAACGUGAGAAAGAUGAGCCGUUCGAAGAUUAUUCGAUAUACUUAUAUCGUCAAACUGCACCGGAUUUCAAGGAUAGAGUGAAAUACCUAGAGCAGAAAAUAUUAUAUCCAGACAGAGAACCCAAAAUUCACGCUGGUCAUCACAGAAAUAGUAUAGAUGAGGAAUUCUCCGGCAGAAUAAAAAGCAUCGAGGACAAGCUAAAAGGAUCUGCACCAGCAGAGAAAAAGCCAAGGGAUCUCCUACGUGCCAUAGGUAAGAUCGAGAAGACCGAUUGGAACGUGAAGGAAAUUGAGAAGAAAAUCGAAGAGAAUAAAAUGGGUCGUUCGGUUCGACAUGACAAAGUAGAACGAGUACCGAAAUGGAGUCGAGAACAGUUUUUAGCUCGACAAAUCAAGAUGGAGAAGAAAGGACGAGAUCAGAAGGAGACAGAUAGUAAGUACGCUGAUAUUGACAAUACCCUGAAGAAUAUUGACAAGAAGAUCAAAGAGGGUAAUGUGCUUGGGUACAAUAAAGUCUCGGCUAUGGCCGAACAAUUUUCGAAUAAAAGUCAGGACGCUGAGCCCAAGGUCCAAAAAUCGAAUGUUAAACCUACAAUAACAUUACCUACGCAAGGAGGUUCGGAGAUGUGUCAUUUUUGUAACAAGAGAGUUUACUUGAUGGAGAGACUGAGCGCCGAAGGAAAAUUUUUCCAUCGAGGCUGUUUCCGUUGCGAAUAUUGUUCUACCUCAUUAAGAAUAGGAAACCAUACUUUUGACCGGGACAAAAAUGGAGGGCGAUUCUAUUGUACACAACAUUUUGGUUUCUCAGGAACAUUAAAAGCUCGUGCAGAAAAGAAGAGAAUUACAUCAUUUAACAAAGAAAAUAUACCUACAUCACCUGUACAUCUAAAAACACCUGAAAAGAUAAAGAUACCUUUAGAGGGUGUUGUUGGUCUUGACUUACUUGAUCGCGGACAAACACCAGAAAGAAUCGAAUUCGAGAACUUAGCAGAGAUAUCAGACGCUGAAGAACCCCAAAGUCAAAUGGAUGAAGAUGAAUGGACAGAUAAAAAUUUUGGUGCUUCUACUGCAGAAAUGGGCUCUAGUGAUGACAUUUCAGACAUGAGCGAUUCAGAUGAUGAUAAUGAAAUAUAUGAAGAAGCGAUAGAUCAACCCCUAACAACAGAAGGAACUCUUGAACUUGCUAAGAAUUGGACAUUGCGAUACUCUCAUCCACAUGCUGCAAUGGGACAAUCUGAUACUGGGAGCAAUGAAUAUGAAGAUUCCAGCGAUGAAUAUACAAAUGAAGACGAUGAAAGUACAACAGCUACGGAAGAUGAAGAUGACAUACGUGCUCGAGAGCUUAGAAAACAGGAAGUUUGGCUGAAGAAUUCUACCCGUAGCUCCGAUACGGACACUGGUUCAGAAACGGAGGUUGCAUCUAAUGAAGCUACAUCGGAAGAAAGCGAAAAAAGUUCAGCUACAGAAAUAUCAACGGAUUCUGAAUUUGAACACGAUGGUGCUACUCCUACGCAACAUGAAAUUCCAGAAAUCACGAUCAACGAUUCGUAUGUCCGCAAAACUAGGGGAAAUUAUGUUGAGCCUAAAAAAGUUCAAGUAAAAAGCAAAAUUAUUUCAUCAAUUAAUGGAAAUUUAAAACAAGACAAAAAUUUAGAUAUUAAAUCGCAAUUAAAAACGGAUCAUGGUAUAAAUCCGACUCAUCUUGAGCAAGAGAGUAAGCUGAAUUUAUUAGGAUUCAAUAAUACGAAUAUAGUUCCAUUAAUUAAUCCACGCAAAGGAGAUUAUUUGUUGAAUCGCACUCAUUCUACUGAAGGUAUUGCAUCUAAAUUAUCUUUGGAACUAAAAAAAAAAUAUUUACUCGGUGGCACGGCUUUUGGUGGUUCCGUUAUGAAAUCAGGAUCAGCCUCGAAUGUAGAUACGCAAUUAAGAAACUUCACAGACGCUAUUUCUCAACAUCAAAAACUUUUAAAUCCUGCUUCAGAACCAAGUCCCACAAUGCAAGCAUUCUUGCAGGGAACAAGCAAAUUGCGCUCAAACAAUACCCAACUUUCUCCUAUAUCACCCACAGCUAUAUUUUCUUCACCUUCAGUAAAACCAUAUAUUGCUAAUCGACCCGCUCAGAAUUUAUUAAAUAAUGAUAAUCCUAUUUAUAAAGCAACAAUACUACCUGAAAUAUCAAAAACCCAAUUACCAGAUUUAGUAAAGGAAUCUAGUAUAUUAAAAUCAAAAACUACACCUAACAUUGUUUAUGGUGAAUCCAAGGACACAGGAAAUAAAGAACUUAUAAAAGAACAAGUAAUGUCUAGUCAUACACUUCACAAUUCACAAAUACUGGAAAACACAAGGAUCUCUCAAAAUAUAGAGAGCAAUUUUACUAUAAACACAGAUGAAAAUAAUGGUUUUCGACCACGAAGUCCCUUGCAUGAAACCUCUAUCAUUGUACCCCAAGUUGAUUGGAAUAAAAAAAAUGAGAAAACAAAAGAAACUGCUAGUACUGGAGAUUCAGAGAUAGAUAGCGAUUCUCUGUCUUCCGGUGAUGGUGAAGCAGAAGAAGUACGGGGUCAGUCACCAGUUGUUAUAAACUUAUCUCCACCACGUUUACAAAUUCACAGUACAGAUGGAGAUCUACUGUUAGAUGAAGAAGCUGAUAAAUGUAAAAAUUUCGAUGAUGCUCAAUCAUUCGAACCAGAUUCUAUAGAGUGUUCAUUUCUACAAGAUAAAGAUUUAAAUAAUAAAAUAAACUCUACAGUUUCUACUUCAAAUCCUUGUAUGAAUAAAACAUCAAUGGAAUUAGAGAUAGUAAAAAAUGAAAUUGAGCAAUUGGAAUUGCAGGAUGACAGAAAAAGUAUUAGCAAUUGCAGUACUCCUACAUCAAUAACUUCUGCUAUUUCCAAUAAGCAUGAUGAUUCUGAAGAGAAUGACAUCACCACAGCAGCUCUUACUGAAACAGAAUUUUUAGAGUGGGCUCGUGAUGGAGAGGUUCUGGUUUCAGAUGACCUACGAGAUGUUGAAUUUAAUAUUAAUCCAGAAUUUAUAACGACAAAAAGAAAAACAACAUAUUCAGAUUCUUCAAAGAUGGGGUAUGCUCCAGUUAUGAUAGCCAAAGAGGAAGAUUUAACAGACAUGGACUUAGAUUCUUCGAAAUUAGACAAACAGCUGGAUGUUCCUGUUAAUAAUACCUCAAAACUUUUAGCUAAUGGUGAAAAUAUAGAUUUUAUGGAUACAGAUAACGAGUCGUUGUUGGAUGACAGUUUGCAAGAUGCUUCUAACAUGGUUAUGCUCAAAAAUAGAGGAUAUGUUGAAUUUGUGAAUGUUAAGAAUGCUCCAACACUUACAAAUUCGCGAGAUAAAUUAAUUGCCGAUGCUCCUAUUGCGAAAUUAGAAAUAGAAAAUGAUUCGUGUUCAGAGGAAGAAGCCUACAAUGACAGAAAUGUAAUAGAAAUAAACCCAGUUACCAUGGAUGAUGUUAUGAAUAAACUAAAUGGUACUAUAAAUAAAUCUGAAAAUGAUAUUAAAUCAGACAUAGAAACAAAAUCAAAUUCUAAUCAACAAGAUCACUCUAUUACAGAAACAGUAAAUAAAGAAUUAUUUCAAUCAAUGGAGGAAGAUAGCUUGCUUAUCGUUGAACCGGCUGAAGAUACUACUACUAGUGAAGUGGUUACUAUACUUGCUAGUCCUGUCAAUCCACAAGUUUCAAUAGUUACGACUCAAACUCAAAAACAAUCUGAGCAAGAAGAAGAAACAAAAACAAUAGCUGAUUCAAACAAUCCUGAUUAUUUAGAAUACGUGAAACGACUACAAUCUAGAAUCGCUGAAUUUAGCAAUGCCAAAGACUCUAUAGAUAUCAGAAAAUCUAAAAGGAAGAACUCAAAGAGCUCUCUACAAUCUCGUACAGCUGAGAUGAUAGCAGAAGAAAUUAAAAAUCAAGAAACUGCAAUAAAUAACAGCUUUAACUCUCCAGCUACAUCUAGAAAAUUGGAAGAAAUUACCAGAGAAAGAUCCAAACAAAAGAAUGUAAUACAAGAUUUACUGAUGGAUAAAGUAGAAGCUCAUAAGCAGAAGUCAGCAGAGAAGAAAGCAAGGAGAGCUGCUAGAGCUUCAUCAUUUAAUUCAACUCCUACUUUAUCACCAAUGAGGCCACCUAUUCCUAGUGUUUCACUAAUUAAUAAAUUUGUACCUACAUCCAUAUUGACACCUGAAAAUAGUCCUUUGCAUACUAUUUCUCCUGAAACCAAAAAAUCUGUAGAUACUGAAACAUCUUACGAGAUACAACAAUUACCUUGGAAAUUGGAAACUGAAAAAGUUAUCAAUGAAGAGAGUAAAAAAAUUAAUAUUCAAUCUUCUGAAAGUACAUUCAAUAAUAUAGUUAAUGAAAAAGAAAAUAAUUUUAAAACACCAGUUGCACCUCCGAGAUUAAAGCACGAGGAGGCAAAGAGAACAGCAGAAAAAGCAAGACAAGAUGCGCGAGAAAGAGCCAGAUUAAAGAGCGAUGAAGAUUUAGGUCUUAGUCCAGAAGAUAAAAUCAAAGAACUAAGAAUGAAAGUAGCACGAAGACAACUUUCCAUGGAAGAGAGAAAAACUAAAGAAGAAACGCAACAUGAACCUCGUAUGAGACUUUAUAGUUCUGGUGCAAAUAAAAUUGGAUUAAAAUUGCAAACAAGCAAGAGUACAGAUAAUAUGAAAACUGUAACAGAAGUAGUGAAUUUUAGUGGUCUAUCUGCUGCCAAUGCAAAAUCAAUGGAUGAAUUGUUACAUACUGAUUCCCCAAAAUCAAAUAGCUCUAUUGCCAUUGUAAAAAGAGACAAAAAACAAAAGACAAAAGAUCCAGAAAGAAGAAAAAGUAUCAUUCAAGCAGUCUCAGAUUUCUUCUUUAAGAAGGAAUCUUCUCCUUCACCAUCCAAUCAAAAAGACAAAUUGUCUAUGUUCCGUCUGACAUCAAAGACAAAAGGCAAAUUAUGUAAAUCGUAUUCGGAAGGGUCAGAUCUUGAUAAAGUUUUGUCGCCGAAGAUUAACACUAGACCAAAAAGUGUUUGCGAAGGAAUGCUCACAAGGAACUUUCUAAAUGAAAAUCCGCCGCCAAUUCCACCACCACCUCUUACUUAUACUAUUCCUACGACACAAGUCUCAGAUGAUAGUUUAUCAGAUGAUGAUACAAAAACAACAGCAGUGUCAGCAUCAGGUAUAUACAAGGCCACAGUAACCGAAGGUUCAUGUAAUAGUAUUUCGCGUAAAACAAAAACUACAAAACGAAUAGCUAGACAAGCACAAUUAAAAAGGUUGCGUAUGGCUCAAGAAAUACAAAGAAAAUUGGAAGAAACAGAAGUUAAACAAAGAGAGUUGGAAAGCAGAGGUGUUAGCGUUGAAAAAGCUCUUCGUGGAGAAGGCGAAUGCUCUGAUCGGGAAGAAGCGGAUUUGCUCAGAGAAUGGUUUGAUCUUAUGAAAGAACGCACGGAAUUACGGAGAUAUGAAAAAGAGCUUCUGGUACGAGCUCAAGAGGUUCAGCUUGAAGAUCGUCAUGAAAGAUUGCAACAAGAAUUACGUGAACGUUUAGCUGAUGAUGAUGAUAAAAAAACUAGUGCCGAUGUAAAAAAAGAAGGAGAAAUUUUAACAGAAAUGUUAGAGAUAGUUGCAAAGCGGGACUCACUCAUUGCACUUUUAGAAGAAGAGCGACAAAGGUAUCAAGAUGAAGAUCGUGACCUUGAAGCUCAAAUGUUGGCUAAAGGCCUCAGAUUAACACCGAUAAAAAAAUGUGGUCCUAAGUAUUCGGUUUAAUAGGAGUCACAUUAUUGUACAUAUACUCCAUUCUAUAUUCUCAUUCAUAAAUUUUAAUACAUAAAUUAAUUAAUUGCACUGUAAAUAUAAACAGAUCUUAAAAGGAUCAUGUGUCUUAUAAAGAUCAAAAUUAAGUUGCAGUCUUUCAUCGCAUAUGUGCAAAUCUCAUAUAUUUACCAUUUUUAACAAAAGGAAAUCAGGACCAAUUA